AUGACAGGCUGGGGUCUGUGCGCGGCGAAGGCUCAGUAUCCCAUCGCUGAUAUGGUGAAGAUGCUCCGUGAGCAGGGAAAGUCUGUGAGGUUUGGGAUCCACCCAGUGGCGGGCCGGAUGCCCGGGCAGCUGAAUGUGCUGCUGGCGGAGGCCGGAGUGCCGUAUGAUGUGGUUCUGGAGAUGGACGAAAUCAAUGAUGAUUUCCCAGAGACGGACCUGACACUGGUGAUCGGAGCAAAUGACACUGUAAACUCAGCCGCACAGGAGGAUCCAAACUCUAUUAUCGCUGGGAUGCCAGUGCUGGAGGUGUGGAAGUCCAAACAGGUGAUUGUGAUGAAGCGGACUCUCGGUGUGGGAUACGCCGCCGUGGAUAACCCCAUUUUCUACAAACCCAACACCGCCAUGCUUCUGGGAGACGCUAAGAAAACCUGCGAUAGCCUGCAGGCGAAGAUCCGAGAGGCCUUUUACUGACAGCAGCGCUCAGAGAAACCCUUUAUUACAAACACACGCUCAAGUGCCUUAAAAACAAGAAGCCAGUCACUGUCUCACACACUGGAAAUGUGCAUGCACGAUUGACUUGUAAAUAAAAAUGUUGAAAUAACAGC